GCACCACAUUUGUGAAUGGAAGCAAGUUUUUUAUUUUAAAACUAAGAAUUAGAGAAUUAGAAAGGCUAAGAUGGUUGACACAAACACCACUAGCACGCCCUCAAGCUCGGCAGCUUCAAGAACCGUUCUUCUCCUUUUAAGGGUCUUAACCUUUGUGUUCCUUCUCAUUGCUCUCAUACUCGUUGCUAUAGACAAAGAAACUGUAGAAAGCAGUAUUGGGGAAAUUGAAAUCAAGUUCAAAGAUAUACAUGCUUAUCGAUACAUGAUCUCCACAAUAGUAAUUGGAUUUGCAUACAACCUGCUCCAGCUGGCACUUUCAAUUUUCCCUGUGGUCUCAGGAAACCGCGUAUUAACCGGUAACGGAGGCUAUAUGUUUGAUUUCUUUGGUGAUAAGAUUAUUUCAUACUUUCUACUUUCCGGUUCAGCUGCUGGAUUUGGUGCCUCUGAAGAUAUGCAUAGACUCUUCAAAGCACAAGAUUUACCUUUAAACUCGUUUUUCGAAAAGGGUAAUGCCUCAGCUGGCCUUCUUCUUAUUGGAUUUCUAUUCACAGCCAUAGCAUCAAUUUUCACUUCAUUUGCUUUGCCAAAGAAAGCUUAGCUUAAUGAACAAAAUGAUCUAUGUUUGUGAAAUAUCAUUCUCUAGUAAUUUGGUUUAGUUCAUUUAGGUUCAUUUGGUUGUCAAUAAAUUGUAACUUGCGGUGGAUUUUUGUUUCCUUAUUUUCUCUAAAAUUCUUCCUAAGAAUUGUACUUGUUUUUAUUUUCUAAUAGUGGAUGAAGUCCUCUUGAUUUGCUUCAAUAUGA